AUGGGCUCCAUCGGAGCAGCAAGCACGGAACUUUGUUUUGAUGUAUUCAAGGAGCUGAAAGUCCAGCAUGUCAAUGAGAACAUCUUCUACUCACCCCUGGCCAUCCUUUCAGCUCUGUCCCUGCUCUAUCUAGGUGCAAAAGAAAACACCAGGUCUCAGAUAGAGAAGGUUGUUCCCUUUGAUAAAAUCACAGCAUCUGGAGAGACUAUUGAAUCACAGUGCAGCGCAUCUGAAAGCGUCCACACUUCACUUAAAGACAUAUUCGCCCAAAUCACCAAACCAAGUGCCAAUUAUUCAGUUGGCUUUGCCAGCAGAAUUUAUGCUCAAGACACAUACCCAAUCCUGCCGGAAUACAUACAAUGUGUGAAGGAACUGUAUAAAGAAGGAUUGGAAAGCAUCAGCUUUCAAACUGCUGCAGAUCAAGCGAGAGAGCUCAUUAAUUCCUGGGUUGAAAGUCAGACAAAGGGAAUGAUCAAAAGUAUCCUUCAACCGAGCUCUGUGGGUCCCCAGACUAAAAUGGUCCUUGUCAAUGCCAUUUACUUCAGAGGAACAUGGUGGAGAGCAUUUAAGGAUGAAGACACCCAGACAGUUCCUUUCAGAAUAACUGAGCAAGAAAGCAAACCUGUGCAAAUGAUGUCUCAGAUUGGUUCAUUUAAAGUGGCAGAGGUGGCUUCUGAGAAAGUUAGGAUCAUAGAGCUUCCAUAUGCCAGUGGGUUGCUGAGCAUGUUGGUGGUGUUGCCUGAUGAUGUCUCUGGCCUGGAAAAGCUUGAGAAUGCAAUCACCUCUGAGAAACUUACGGAGUGGACCAGUCCCAGUGUGAUGGAAGAGAAGAAAAUGAAAGUGUACCUCCCUCGCAUGAAGAUUGAGGAAAAAUAUAAUCUCACAUCUGUCUUUAUGGCCUUGGGCCUUACUGACCUGUUCAGCUCCUCAGCCAAUUUCUCUGGAAUCUCUUCAACACAGACCCUGAAGAUAUCUACAGCUGUCCACGAGACAUUUGUGGAAAUCUCUGAAUCAGGCAAUGAGGUGGGAAGCUCAGGAGAAGCUAGGACAGAACCUGCCCCUGAAGAAUUUAAGGCUGACCACCCUUUCCUCAUAUUGGUCAAGCACAAGCCAACCAACAGCAUCCUCUUCUUUGGCAGAUGCUUUUCCCCUUAAAGAGAAGAAAGCUGAAAGAAUUUCUGUCUCUCAUAA